UGUGAUCAGCACACUGCAGCAAUGCUUGUUGCUGCUUGUCUCCUCCCUUCGCAGAACGCAACGCUUGCCAGCCUAGCCUGUGGAAGCGUGCGCCGAGUAGCACCCCAUUGCCCUGCGUUCGCGAGCAUCUCUUGUCCCAAAGCACGCGUCUUUCGAGCGAAGGCGGGCGAGUCGUGGUUCAAUUGGACCUUCGAUCUCUUGCUCCUCAUGGGUGAAUACGCAACGCCAUCGUAUGGAGACGCGCCUUAUUGGGAUGAACGAUACGAAAAGGAGGGCCCUGAAAAGACCUUUGAUUGGUAUCAACAGUACACAGGCUUGGCUCCCAUAUUUGACCUCUACAUGAACAAAGCGUCCAAGGUGCUCAUGGUGGGCUGCGGCAAUGCAGUGCUUUCAGAGGACAUGGUUCAGAAUGGAUAUCAAGACAUUUGGAACAUUGACAUCUCCUCGGUGGUAGUGGAUUUUAUGAAACAAAGAAACUCUAACAUUCCGCAGCUAAAGUAUGACACGAUGAAUGUUUGUUCAAUGGGGUUCGACGAAUCCACUUUUGAUGUGGUUCUUGACAAAGGCACUCUGGAUGCCAUCCUGUGUGGGAACAAUUCUAUGGAGAAUGCAUCUGCCAUGAUAAGUGAAGUGUGCAGAGUGUUGAAACCUGGAGGCAAAUUCCUGCUGAUUACAUACGGUGAUCCUCAAGUCCGCAUAUCACACCUGCAAGCAGACGAGUUGAGCUGGACAGUCAAAAUACAUGCCAUGCCACGGCCAGGGGUGUGUGCAGAGUUAUGUCCGGCUUGGGCUCUGGUGCCAAUGAAAAUUGGCAUCAACGGGCGGUUGGUCCCGAAUGGUGAAGAUUUGGAGGGUGGGAAUGUGCACUAUAUUUAUGUCUGCACCAAGGAUUCACUGUAGUCCAUAUGGCACUCCUGUUUAUUUGAAUUUAUGAAUGAGCAUGAUGCACGCUUGAAGUCACACAUUGUAUAUGUUCGCCACCAUACUUCAAUUAUUCAAGAUGGAAACUGAAUCUGGCCGUGACGACUGCCUGAGCGUCUAUUAUCGCGUGAAAAAAACAUUCAACGUGGC